AUGGAUUUUGAAGAAGAUAUUGAUGAGGAUUUUCUUAAAGGAUUGGAAGAUAUCGACUGGGACAAGGAUUGGGACGACGUGGAACAGCUGUGUGGUGGUAGUGACAUUACAUGUUGCGUUGCGGACAAGGUAGAGAGCAAGGAGCAAUGCUCGGGCAUAGAUGAUACAGCAGGUGACGUUGUGUUGCUCCAAGAGCUGCCAGAGUCUGAGAAAGGAUCAAAAAGUGCCGAUGCAGAAGAUAAGCUGUCGGAAGUGAAGGUGACUCAUACUAGGAAAUCUGCAGAAUUUGAAAGACGUAUUGAGAUGGAGAAAGUUGAGAAGUCAAUAGUAGAAAGAGUCCCUAAGAACACAGUCAAGAGUACUAACUGGGGUAACAGCGUCUUUGAAUCAUGGUGUGUCGAGAGGCAAUUGGAAUGCACAAGUAGUAUUGAUAUGACGGAGACGGAACUGAAUAACAACGUAUCAUUAUUCGUUCAUGAGGCAGUUAAGCAGGAUGGCUGUACACCAUACCCACCCAAUUCACUAUAUCAAAUAGUAGUCAGUAUUCAACGCUAUCUUCGAGAACAUAGACGACCAGAUGUAAGCUUCUUCAAUGAAAGUAACAGCCAAUACGACAGAUUACAUAAAUCUUUGGAUGCCCGAAUGAAGGAGCUGGCUACGGAAGUGAAAGAAAGUCCUUUUUAUCGCAGACCGUCCACUAAUAAGCAGCAGCCUACUUUCACAAAACAGAUUGUUGGCAAAAAUACGCUAUCCAUGCUCAUUAAGAAGUUUUGUUCAGAGGCUGGAUUAGAGGGGAAUUUCUCACGUCAUAGUGGUAAGUAUAAAAGGCCUGGAGAUGAGCACUUCAAGAAAGUAUCAAAUAUACUUCAACCACCACCACCAUCAAAAAGAGUAGCUGUGGAUGAAAUUACUAGUCCUGUACCACUUCCUAAUAAAGCUGUUUUUGUUGCUAGUUGCUCUAUGUAA